GUGACCACGCUGGUGGUAGCAGAGCACAAAGGAAACAAGCUGGGUGCUGACACUCUCAGCGCAAUCAAUGCUGCUAAGAGCCUUGGUGGGGACAUCUCCAUUCUCUUGGCCGGGGAAGGCGUGCAGCCAGCAGCACAGCAUGCAUCCACAGUCCCGGGAAUUAGCAAGGUCCUGACUGCUGAUGAUGCGGUGCUGGCAAAGGGCACAGCCGAAAGCCUUGCAGCGCUUCUGGUUGCAGUGCAGAACAGGCGGAGUUACACGCACAUCGCAGCGCCCUCCAGCAGCUUUGGCCGGAACCUGCUGCCGCGGGCGGCCGCGCAGUUAGAUGUGCAGCCGGCCAGCGAUGUGACAGAGGUGAUCGAUGCCGACACCUUUGUGCGGCCGAUCUACGCCGGGAAUGCAGUGCAGACCAUCAGGUUCCCUGCAGAAGGGCCUCGCCUCUUCACGGUGCGCACCAGUGCAUUUCCCGCAGAGCCAGCUGAGGCGUCUGCAUCCGCCGAGAUUGAGGCAGUCACGCAGGAGGAGUUGGCCGCUGCCAAGGAAAUGGAUACUGGAUCUGAAUGGGUGGGCCAGGACGUCAGCACUAGUGAGAGGCCUGAGCUUGGGUCUGCAAAGGUGGUGAUCUCAGGUGGACGAGCAUUGAAGAGCGCUGAAAACUUCCAGAUGCUGUAUGACCUUGCGGAUCAGUUGGGAGGAGCGGUGGGUGCUUCAAGAGCGGCGGUCGAUGCUGGCUUCUGCCCGAACGACAUGCAGGUUGGGCAAACUGGGAAGGUGGUGGCACCUGACCUGUAUAUCGCUGUGGGCGUGUCCGGUGCAAUCCAACAUCUUGCUGGCAUGAAGGAUUCCAAGUGCAUUGUUGCCAUCAACACCGAUCCAGAUUGUCCCAUCUUUCAGGUGGCUGACUACGGACUAGUGAUGGAUCUUUUCGAAGCCAUUCCAUCCCUCGGCAAAGAGAUCCAGAAGCAUGCCAAGUGA